CAGCCAUACAGACUAGUAGUUGUGAUCGGUGACACCUCAUUAUGUUGUGGUGGUUGUUGAAAUCUCUGGUUAUUGCGGUGUGUGUAGUCGGAUCGAAUGCUGUACUUUGGUCUUACUCCCCGGGCAACAUCACGGCAUGCCAAGGAGAUGACGUGACAAUCCCAUGGUCCUUCACGUCAAUGCCCAAUGAGACUGUCAUCAGCAUCACGUGGUUUGUGAAGAGAAAUGGCGGGGUAAGAACUCUGUUCGCCAGCCUCACCGAGGGCGAGUUUUUCCCACACUCACGGCAGCACGUGCAGUUCGUGCCCAGCGCCGGGCUCCGGCUUCAGAACGUGACUGUCAACGACACGGGGCUGUACUCUGUACACGUCAGCACGGUCGACAGCGCUGAUAACGUGAUCAGUUACAGCCUAUCUGCUGACCUGAAUGUGGCAGCUCCGCCAGUUCUGUCUGGGGGUCAGUUAAAAGCACGACGUCACUCUGCGCCAGUACUAGAUGACGUCACGGGGGUCGAGCACGUGAUCCUUGAAUGUGGGCAUUUCAUAGACCGGGGUGAACCUCCGGUCACCGUCACAUGGAGGACCCCAUCAGGAGCAGUUUACACAAAUGUCAACUACGUGGAUGGUUGCUUUCUCCUCCCUCUGCAAACUGUGGAGUCAGGGAGCUACACUUGCUCUCUCACAUACCAGAGUCUGUCAAGGGGAUGUCUUGCCAGUGAUUCUGUGUUACUAGGGGAGGCUAUUGUUUAUGUAGACGAGAACGGGAAAUGGGCAGUGAGGGAGGCAAAUGAAGGAGAGUUGAUUGCAGAACUUAAGUCCCAGGUCCAGAUUCUUCAUCAGGGGGACCAGCAGUUGAAAUCCCAGGUCCAGAACCUUACACACAAUCAGCAGAUUCUACGUCAGGAGAACCAGGAGCUCAAGUCCCAGUUCCAGACUCUUCAUGAAGAGGACCAGGAGUUGAAAUCCCAAGUCCAGAAUCUUACACACAAUCAGCAGAUGCUGAAUAAGGAGGACGAGGAGCUCAAGUCCCAGGUCCAGAAUCUUACACACAAUCAGCAGAUUCUACGUCAGGAGAACCGGGAGCUCAAGUCCCAGGUCCAGACUCUUACACACAAUCUGGAUAUUGUGCAUCAGGAGGACGAGAAGUUGAAGUCCCAGGACCAGAAUCUUGCACACAGAUUGAAUCAGCUUGAAAAACAGAUGAUUAAUGAAGGCACGUGCAUGGACAUAAGAAAUCGUAGUCACUGGUCUGGCGUUUACACUUUUUACCAAGGCAAUUCGACGAUAACUGUUUACUGCGAUCAGGUCACUGAUGGUGGAGGCUGGACGGUUUUCCAGCGACGACAGGACGGCUCGGUUAAUUUCUUUCGAAACUGGACAGACUACCGAAACGGCUUUGGUGAUUUGAAUGGGGAGUUCUGGCUGGGACUAGACAACCUACACAUUCUCACAUCAGUGAGACACUACGAGAUGAGGGUGGACCUCGAAACGUUUAACGGAAGCCGGGCGUUUGCACAUUACAGUGGCUUCAGGAUUGGAGAUGUUAACACCGAUUAUACCUUGUACUUUGAAGAUUUUCUGGGCGGAAAUGCAGGUGACAGUUUGACAACAGGAACCAGGUUUGCGACGCAGGAUCAUGGCGAUUAUGUUAGGUGUGCCAGAUUUUACAAUGAGGGUUGGUGGCACCAUUGGUAUGCGUCUUCGUGUUACAGUUACAGCCCUGGCCUCAAUGGAAUUUACAGACCAGCUGCUCAAACAUCAAAUGGUGAUGGUAUGAACUGGCCCAGUUUUACAGGAUACCAUAUUUCGCUGAAACGGACAGAAAUGAAAAUACGACCUAUGUAGCGACAUUGUUCUUGCACAGCAAUCAGUUUUUU